UUAAGUUAUUACAAAUAAUACACGAGAAUCCGCGAGGUCUACGGCUGACUCAUUAAAAUAUCACGUCGGCGGACAGUGUCUGCCAGAAUUGACUUGGCCGACGGCCGACGGUCGAGGUCGAUUUUCACCCAGGCGUUUUCGCCGACGGGAUGCCAAAAUUUCCUCGAAAAAAUCGCGCCGCAGGCCAGCGUCGGGGAUCGAUACGGCGCGCCGAGAGCCGAGAUUCGCGACAAUUAGCGAGGUUAGGCCGAACGAUUAACAAUAGAAUAAAAGCGGGAUCGAUGAAAAGCGACGAAUAUAACCAUUAUAACCGCGCCGUGUCCGCAAGCGCGUGUUAACGCGCGUCAUGGCCUCCCGGACGCACGUGCAGCGCGUCAGGAUGUUGUACAAGACGAUUUUGAGGUUACAUCGCGGCCUGCCGGCCGAGGUCCGGCCCCUGGGCGACGGUUACGUCCGCGACGAGUUCCGGAGACAUAAAAACUGCGUGGAGAGCGAGGCGAUCGUCUUCCUCCACGAGUGGACCAAUUACGCGGUGUCCCUCGCUGAGCAGCUCGGGCUGAGGGGCCCGCAUACGGGACGGCCGCUCGGGCAAUAUCUGAAGGAGGAGGAGCUCGUAAAGCUGCGGGACGAACAGGUGUGCCAGCUGUACGAGCUGAUGAUCGCGGCGACGGGGAAGCCGGACGGCAAGCAAGGGAAAACGUAGCCUACCGCCUACGUGCCCGGAACUCCAUACUCCAUCCGGAGAUCCUCGGCGCGAUUGGGAUUGGGAAUUGUGUUUAUUGUGUCGUGAAAUGCAAAUAAAGUAAUAAACUCGAUUUCCCCCACCGACCCAAAUCGACCCGACAAUCACACUGUGGAGUGUAGGGAACUUAUUAAGUGCGAAAGGCGAACGGAGAAGUGUAGUCUGUGUAGUGUAGGACGAUAAAUAUAAAUAGUAAUAAAAUUAAGAAAAUAAUUAGGAAAAAUGAUAAGCAAAGCUGCAGUGUUGCAGUCAUAUUGGUUUGUUACUCAAUAACGAUAGAUAAGAGUGACAGAGUGGCUGGUACAACUCGCGAGAACAUGGCAUACAAUAGUGUACAACGAUAAUUAUAAACGGUAAUAAAAUUAAGAAAAUAAAAUUAGGAAAUGCCAUAUACAAACACAAUAUAAACGUAAUAAAAAGAUCGUUUAAACAAGACAACAUUGAGGUUCUUCCUUCGGUUCUUUCGUCGCUAAAUGGGCCGAGUUCGCGAUUUAAAACUGAAUUUUAUUAUCGUGGCGUGGUGUAAUUUAUCGUGACGACGUUCGCGGUCUAAUUCGAUAACGAUAUUCGGCAGUAGGAUUUUCUCAUUAGA